AUGCUCCCAGUAAUUUCCAGCCAUCGCCUUUGGUGGGGUAGGCUUCAGAGGAGUAUCUGCCUGAACCAAGCAGUGCUAAACAGGCAGCACUUACAGCAUGUGCACAUCAGAGUUGGAGACCGGGCUGAACUCAGUAGGGCCUUCACACAGAGGGAUGUGGCUGUCUUCUCAGAAUUAACAGGGGAUGUCAAUCCUUUGCAUUUGGAUGAAGAUUUUGCAAAACACACCAGAUUUGGAAAGACGAUUGUACAUGGAGUUUUGAUCAAUGGACUUAUUUCAGCUCUCCUAGGUACUAAAAUGCCAGGGCCAGGCUGUGUAUUUCUUUCCCAGGAAAUUAACUUUCCAGCCCCUUUAUAUAUUGGGGAAGUUGUUUUAGCUUCUGCAGAAGUGAAAAAGCUGAAGCGGUUCCUUGCUAUUAUUGCAGUGUCAUGUUUUGUACUAGAAAGUAAAAAGACUGUUAUGGAAGGCUGGGUUAAAGUUAUGGUCCCAGAAGCUCCCACAUCCUGAAAUAUGUCUUUAAAGAUGCAAGUUCAGGCAUCAGUGUUACUAUUAUUGAACAGCCUCUGAGGAAAACAGGGAUUGCUGUUCUUCACCAAGGAGGGGCUGAUAGACCCAUAAACCCACAUUGGUGGAGGGGAGCUGGUAGAGGGGUGUUCCAUUGUCCACUUAUGCUUUGGCAUUAUGCAUCACACAGGCUUAAGUAUAUUUGUCAUCUGUCUAGGUUUUUAAAACUGAAAAAAAUAGGGAAUUCCCUGACGGUCCAGUGGUUAGGACUCUGGGCUUUCACUGCCAUGGGUGCGAGUUCAGUCCCUGGUUGGGGAACUAAGAUUCCGCAAGCUGUGUGACACAGCCAAAAAAAAACCAAAGAAAAACUGACUAGAGGAAAUCAGAGGUGGGCUUCCUUGGUGGCACAGUGGUUAAGAAUCCGCCUGCCAAUGCAGGGUUCACGGGUUCGAGUCCUGGUUCGGGAAGAUCCCACAUGCCGUGGAGCAAGGAAGUCUGUGCGCCACAACUGAGCCUGCGCUGUAGAGCCUGUGAGCCGCAACUACUGAGCCCGCGUGCCACAACUGCUGAAGCCCACACCUAGAGCCCGUGCUCCGCAACAAGGGAUGCCACCGCAGUGAGAAGCCCGCGCGCCACAACGAAGAGUAGCCCCCGCUCUCCGCAACUAGAGAAAGCCUGCGCGCAGCAACGAAGACCCAAUGCAGCCAUAAAUAAAUAAAUAAAUGUAAAAGAAAGAAAAUCAUAGGUGAUUCUAAGGUUGGACAUUGUGUCCAGGCUCCCAUGAGGUGCCAUUUAAAAAAAACAAAAACAAAAAAUAUUGGGAGAGUUAUCAUUUAGCUUAAUGUUCUACUUUUAGGAUUUCAAACCUUAUUAGAUUUGCAUUUGGAUAAGAGAAACCUACCUAUAUCUGUGUAGAAUAAGUUUCUCACUGAAUUUAUAACUAGCUAGCAUUUAAUUAUUGAAGGUAACGAUAGAAGAUAGGUCAUCUUUGAACACCUAUCUUUUACUUGUAAAUAUUCUUAGAUUCUCUUCUUCAGCAGUUUCUGGGUCAGGGUUUAUUGUAAUUUGUUACUGUUUACACCAAGAUGGUAAUUUGUUCAAUGUUCGGUGUCACUUGCCCUUCAGAUGGUUUUCCUGUUAUCGGAGGAGGGCUUAUGUGCAGAUUUGGACUCAGUUAUAUAAGCUCUCUUGGUCUCACGUAUAAAACGGAUAAAAACACCUACCACAUGGGAUUGUUGGAGGUGACAGAUACAAAUAGUUAAGCACAAGGUCAAGCUUAUAAACAGCUACUACUAUUGCCCAUUCUCUUCUGUGAAUAAGGUUAGAGGUUUUCCUGAGUUUGGUGCUAACUGGCCAAAAGUUAGAGAACAGACCAGUCUUUCAGGAUGUCAGCCAAUCUCUAUUGGUAUUCUAAACUUGGAGUAGAUCUUGAAUGCAAAGCUCCUGUUUUAGUAAUCCAGAUUUUUUUUUAUCUCUCCCUUGAAAAUACUGUGGGGUCCCCCCUUAUAUAAAUAAUAUAUGCUUUUAUUUAAAAAAUUAUAAGGUAAAAAAUUUAAGGAACACUGUGGAGGCCAAGUUCUUAAGAGUUGAGGGGUAUUAGAGAGGAAUUGUGCCUAAUGUGUUAUUACUAACUGGUCAUGCCCAACAUAGCCAACACUAUUAAUCAGAAUCUAUAGUACAACAUACACGUGGUCCACCUGUGCUCUGUAGCUUUAGAUGGUGGCUCAGACCACAGCUAGAUGCUUCGAUCAGGAAGGUAAGAUAAGGUUUAAUUGGUUGCAUCAACCAACAUUUCCUGGAAAAAGAUUUUUUCUUCCUGCUGGUGGAUGAGUAACUAGAUUUUUUUAUUUAUUUUUUUACAUCAAGGGGAUCAGUUAGAUUACUAGAAGGAAUUAUUCUAGUCACUAGAGGGCAGUGAUGUGUAUAAAUAAAGUGAGUAUUUUAAACUUUAAUACUGUACCAUACUCUAGUUUGUUGGUGAGAUGAAAAUACCAAAAUCAUAGAAGCAAGGAUGCCAUUAUCAUGAGUUUCAAAAUGGACAGCAUGUGUAGGUUUAGAUCCACCUGAAGAAGGUGUAUUUAUAGGUGAAACACUAUACAUGCCUAAACUUUGAUGUGACAUUGAAAAACAAAAUGGGGAACUUGAGUCACAAAAUAGAGACUUGAAGCUAAGACUGUAUACUCCUGCAGAACUCAUUCUCUGGGACUUAGCAGCAGUCCUGAAGCAUGGGUCAUAAGUAGAGUGUGAUGUAAUCAUUAAUACUAUAAGCUACCAUUCUUUCAAUGAUAAGCCAAUUUUCUACAUUAAUUCUAAUCCUUUAAACAGUUUUAUGAAGUUAAUGUUCCAUUUUAUAGGCAAGGAAACAGACUGAUGUGGUGUGACUUGCCCAAGGUUGUACAGGUAGUAUGCAGUAGAGCUGGGAUUCAAACAGCCCUGGCUGGCUGCCUGGCUCCAGGGCAUUUAUUUCCAUCACGCUGUGGGUCUUAAAAUGUUCCCAUACUGGAACACUUUCAGUUUCUAUAAUGAUAUCUUGUUAUGUGGCAGUAAAGUAUUUGGAACCACCAUUCUAUAUAAUUCUGUUUAUAUUCAGAAUGUUCUAGAUCUUAUAACCUUGCUACAGUUGUAGUGUUUUCCUCUUUGCUGUUACUUGAUGGCUUCUACCCGUAUCUAUUGCCUACACUUUUUCUAAGCUGACAUUCAGUGAUUAUUUGUCUUUAGAGCAGAAUUACUGAAAGAGUUAUUCUAAAAAUGAAAAAUCAUGUGCAAGUUCAAGUAUGGUGGGGAGGGCUGUAUGUCAGAUCUGGCGGAUAGCUGAUUAAUACUCUGUAACUUAAAGUAGCUUCUCAAUAUGAGCAUUUCCUUUUUUUUCUUUUUUUUUUUUUGUGCUCAGUAGAUGUCAUGGUCUUCUUUGUAAACCAAUGAUCUUUGUAAACCAAUAAAAAGUUGGAAUAGAGAAGCAGGCAAGAAGUUAGGGAUACUUCUCUGUACACAAUGACUUGUUAUUUUUACUCAGAGCCAAGAUUCUCAGACCUCAUGCUCUGUUAAAGCUGACUAACAAAAACUAGCUGGUUGGCUUUUUCAUUUUGAGCUGUGUACAAGUUGCCAGAAAGAAUGACUCUUCUAAUGAAAGCA